ACUUAGUUACAUGAUAAUCAUGGAAUGCAUUAAUGAUGACUAAAGGACAGGUACUCGGAGAUGAACAAAAAGCUUAAAGACAAACAGUUCUUUUAGAAAAAACUCAUGAAAAAUUCAGUUGAGAACUUCAAAUCUGUAUCCUGAAGCCUUUGUUCAAAUUGGAGUCGGCUGAUAUGGAAGAAGACCAGGAUAUUUACGUGGCCCAACUUCGCGAGGUAUUUGAUAGCUGUGAUGUGCAAGGGAAUGGUUUCUUGAAUGAACAAGGUUUGAUCAAUUUGUGUGAAAAAUUGCAACUUCAAGAUCAAAUCCCACAACUUUUGUCUCAGUUGCUGGGCAACAAAAAGGAUAGAGAGGUGAACUUUGCAGAUUUUAAAGAGGGUUUUGUUGUGGUUCUGUCUCAUGUUAUCGAUGAUCUUGAUAUUUCUAGUAGUGAGGAAGGACCUGCACAAGAAAGUGAAGUUCCACCAAAGAUUGUUGUAAAUGAGAAGAGAUAUGGAAGAAGAUCUCGACCAGUUGACUUACAGUGUCAUGAUGAAGAUUUAACACAAGAUGAAGCUGAUGUUGAAAGCAUCACUUGUAGUCAGCCAAAAAGUCCAAACAUAAAACCAAGUGUGGAAAAGCAUCGAAAACUUGAAAAUAACCACCAAAGUAACAAACAGCAUCGUAGUCAUGCAGACAAUCAGAAGCUACAAAAAAGAAAGUCCCCCAAAAAUGUAGAGUCAAUCAAUAGUAGACAGGAUUCAGUAAGUAGUAAAAGAUUUGUAGCUUCAUCAAAUGAAGGGAUUGUUGAAGGAAGUGAUGAAAUUAGUAACAAUAUGAAACAAUGGACCAAUGAACAUUCAAACUUUGCAGCACCAAAUGAAGAGCAGCAACUUAAGCAAAUAUGGAGUGAUGUUAAUGUAGGAGCAAAUGGAUUUCUUGACAAGAAUGAGCUUUCUGUUGUUUGUGAACACAUUGGAAUGGAAAACAUGGAGGAAGAAGAGCUAUCUCUUCUGUUUGAUGAACUUGAUGAAAAUCGUGAUGGUCAAGUUAGUUUUGAAGAGUUUCUUCAUGGUUUGUUUAUAGCAAGAGACAAGAGUCAUGAAUCUGAUCCAAGUUAUUCCGAGGGAUUAAUUCAUAGUUUUGAUGAUAGCAAUGUUGCUUUACAACCUGGAGAUUUACCAUUAACGUCAACUUUAUCAAAACCAUUGCAGCCUGUUGGAGGAAGCUUGUUUAGCCUUCUUGAUCCACUGAAUACUGGAUUCGCGAAAGUUGAAAAUGUUCGUGAACUGUGGAUUUCUCAAGAAAACACAGAGGCUUUGCACAUAUUAGAGAACAUGGAAAUUGACAGUGAAGAAAAAGUUAAUUUGUUGCAGCUAGCGGCCAAUCUGGAGUCUGUUGUAGUCAACAAAAGUGAUUCUGUUUGCCAAGCUAUUAUUAGUAUUUUUAAACAUGAACUUUCUUAUCUGAGAAACCAAGAGGAAGCUUCGAAGAUUGAAAAAGACAAAUUACUAGAAAAUUGUAGAAAUCUGGCAAAUGAAAAAUCGUCUUUGAUUCGAGAAAGCGAGGAAAACACACGUCAAUUGGAGAUGCAGUUUGCUCUUAAAAUCAAAGAACAAGAAGAGGCUACUAAAGAAAAAAUACAACAAUUCCAGCAAAAGACUAGCGAUGAGCAUGAGAAAGCUGUUACCAUUUAUUCCAAAAAAAUUCUAGAGUUGGAAGGGGAACUAAAGCAGUAUAAAUCUUUUGAGUCACGUGUAAAACAAGAGAUUGGAGAAAAAGUAGAAGAAAUUGGUCGACUAAACAGCACCCUUAAUGAAACACAGGAUAUCGUAGAAGAAAACGAGCGUAUACGCUCAAGAUUAGAGAAAGAAAUUGAAAAAUCCUCGGGUCUGACAAAGAAGCUUGCGGAGGUGGUGAACGAACGAGACAAUUUGAAAGUGCUACAAAGUCAGAAUGCUAGUAGAGGAAUAGAAGAGAUAGAAGCCAUAAAUAGACAACUGCGAGACGAGAACGAUGAACUUAAGAAUGAGGUCGAAAUAUUGAAAUCUCAGGCAAAAUCAAAUGUGAAGCGCAACCGAAGUCAUCGUAGACGGACCACUGACCGGAUUACUCGCGUGGGCUCAGUUCUCUCCGACUACACGAAACCUCUUAUAAUAAAACGAAACAAGGAUGGAUUGACUUCAUCGGAUGAAUCUGACGUAAUUGAUGGCAAGUCGUCUGUCGUAAGGGUCAGCGGUGAUGGAGGGUCAAACGGAGAGGAGCAAAAUGCUGCUGUUGAUAGCGAGCACAAAAAAACGAUUGAAGAACUUGGCCAGCAAUUAAAUGAAAGCGAGAGAAAAUUAAAAAAUAUUGAGACUACUGUAAUACUUCAGGAACAAAACAUCAAGUCAAAAGAUGGAUUAAUUACAAAACAAAAAACGUCAAUUGAAAAGCUGAAGAAUGAUUUGCAAGAAAAAAAUUCGGUUUUGCUUGAGAAAUCUGAACUGAUAGGGAAAUUACAAAAAGAUGUGGAACAUUUUACGAGACAACGCGACGAAGAAGUAAAUCUACGUGAAGAUUUAGAACAAAAAAAUAUUUCUACGGCACGUGAUUAUGAAAGGACAAUCGCAAAUUUAAAACUUGAGAUCGAAUCAAUGCAACGUGUUAAUAACUCUGAAAACAAUGACAUGAAGGAAAGAUUUGACAAAGAACUAGGAAACUUGACGUCACAGUUUACCAUUGAAAUGGAUCAAUUACAGCAAAGAUUGAGUCGUGAAAAAGAUGAGUUGGAGCUUGAUUUAACAACGAAGUAUAAGGCUCUAGAGGAACAGUAUGAGGGAGCGCUCGAGACAAUCAAGGAUAAUAAGGAUACUUUUCAUCAUGAAAAACAACAAUUGCUUCAAACAGCAGAAAAAGAGAAAAAUGAUAUCAAAGUAGAAUGUGAAAAAAAAGCUGAAAUGCUAACAAAGAAUUACAAAAAUGAACAACAGAAAGUGAAACAACAACAACAUGAGGAAAUAAAGAAUCUCAAAGAUGUUAUAAAUACAUUACAUCAUGAUAAACAACAGUUGGAAUCUUUCUUUAAAAACGAGAAGAAUGAGAUUGAAAAACGGUUUGCUGCUGAAAAAGAUGAAAUUGUACAGGAAAAAUGCAAAUUAGAAAAGCGACAUGUUACUGAAAUAGAGCAACUGUCUGGUAUAAGUAGUGCUUACGAAGAACAACUUAAUCAGAAAUUGUUACGUGAAAAAAUGGAGCUUCAAGAACAUUUUUUAAGCGAAAAGUUGGCACUUAAAAAAGUGAUUGGAGAUUUAUACGUGGCAUUAAACGCAGAAGAAAAUGGCGUGAAGAGAAAGCUUCAAGAUGAUUUUUGUCGUCAUACGUCGUAUUUUCAAACGUUUAUGGAUGAAAAUGAGCUCAAUGAUGACAAAAUGAAGACGAGCAACAAGGACGAUCCUCAACAAGUAUUCAAUUUGCAAAGCGAAAUAAUAAAAAUACGUACACUCCACGAAUUUGCUGCAUCAAAGCUUUUGAAAACGUGGAAUGAAAAAGAUUUGUUGCUCAGUGAAGUGAAUAAAAAAGACGAUGAUAUUGAAUGUUUGCGUCUGCAAAUAAUUUCAUUAAAAGAUGAAGUUACAAACCUGACGAACGAUAAGAAAGUCGACACGGAAGAAGACUCGGUACGAGAAUAUUUUAAAGAAACUAUAAAGCAACUGCGUCUUGAAAAUCAGGAAAUGCUUCAUAAGAAAGUGGGUCUUGAUAGACGUGUGGAACAACUGGAACUAGAGAUUGAAACGUUGAAAACGCUUGAAAAUGACAACCUUACAACAAAAUUAAAUAACAUGAAAAAUGAAAAGCAAAAAAUCGUUUACAGAGCAGGAUCCUUGUCACAUAGAGAGCUGGUGAGAGAAAAUUGGAAUUUGAAGAGUGAGUUGAAUGAAGUACGAGACACAUUAUAUAAAAAAUAUAAGAAAAUGCAACUCACAGAAAAGGCUAGACAAGAACUUUACUCACUCGAGUCAACUGUCGAAGAAAUGGAAAAAGAAAAAAAGUCUUUAGAAAACUCUUUAUACCAAUUAAACAUAAAAAAUACAAAUUUACAAGAUGAAAUUUUGGAUCUUAGGCGUAGAAAUGACAACGACAAAAAAGAACUGAAAGAACAGAAAGAGCAGGUCAAACUUGUUCGUAUUGAAAUGAGCACUUUGCAAUCUGCAUGUAAUCGAGAUGUUGCUGAACUUAAGGAGCAGUUGAAUGGAGUAUUGCGUAAUAACGAACUUGAUCGAACUAUGAGAGAGAAAGUACUAAAUGAUGCAAAAGUUGAAGUACUUGCGUUGAACGAAAAGCUUGAAGAGAAAGCAAAGAAAUGUCGAGAUCUGGAAGACAUGAGAAUUUCCAUGGAAGAAAAAGUCCGAAAUAUGGAUCGUUAUAAACGAGACAUUGAACUUCGACUGAAGAAAGCACAGAAUUCUGUAGAUGAACAUGUGAUUGAACUCAAUAAACAAUUGGAUGAACAUCGUUUGCAAAGUUUAAGAAGAGACAAUUUAAUCCAGGAGCUUUACGUUGAGAAUGCAAAAUUGACAAAAACGUUGCAGGAAAGCGAAGCCAUGCAGAAGAAAGCAGAGAAAAGUAAUAGACAACUUACGGAACAGAAACGUGCAUUACAGAGAAUUAUUUCCAAACUUUGUGGUGCAAAUGCUCUUGCUUGAUCAACGAUUGUAUAACAUUUAAGAUAUGUUGCCAUGCAGGAAUAUUUGAUACUGGAGUAACGUAAUCUUUUACUCACGGCAUAUGUCAAAUGCCCAUUAGAACAUACACGACAUUCAAUAGUUUCCAGGCUUUCUUGCUGUGGAAUUCCAUUUAUUGCAUUCCAUUCAAAUGAACACAACAGAUAAGUAGUGUACUCUAUAAAUUGGGGUUGAAAUAUAACGACAUCAUCAUCCCCUAAGCCAAGGUUCUUGUUGUAUGUAUGGCAAUGACAAUGAUUUUGUGUCUUUGUAUAUGUUGUGUAGUAUAAAUCUUAUAUAAAUCUUACGUAUAAAUCUUAUGUAUAAUAUAAAUCGUAUAAUAAACAGAAGAGCAAACCUGA